AUGAAGGAAGAGCUGAGCAGUCACGCUAAGAUGAUAGCAGGAACAAUACGCGGAGGGAUAGAUGUGCCACAGCGCACUGAGAACAGAAUAGAUAUUAAACCCAGCGCAGGCAAUGCGGACUGUACGGCGCAUCUAGGCGGAACUUCAUCAGCUGGCAUGGCGCAGCGAUUCGAUUCACUCAUGCUGGCUCAGGUAAGGAUCAGAGGCGGUGACACAGAGUUCGUGCGACCGGGACUGAUCGAGGUGCCGACGUGCCGGCUCCGAAUCGUUCCCGGCAUGCAACCGUACGCUAGCGACGCGCGCGUCCUCAAGCUGGGCGACACAGCGACGAUGGUCGUCAGCAUAAACAACAAGAACGACGUGUUCGAUAUCUUCGUGACGAACUGCUAUGGUCACGACGGCCUUGGUCAGACGAGGCUUCAUCUUAUCGAUGACGGAGGCUGCCCCACGAGCGACAAGUUCAUCAAGCCGGCCGUGUAUGACCGCACGACGCACCCGGGACAGACGCACAUGUACAGCCACUUCAAGGUGUUUAAAUUCCCUGACGCCCAGGACGUGUAUCUGCAGUGUCAGUGCAUGGUGUGCUACGAGCGCUGCUACAGGCCGCAGUGUGACGGAUCACCGCGCAGGAGCAAUCACUUGAUUGGCGCUGCCAGCAAACAACCGGUGACCGGUCGCAUCUUUGGACGCAACAAGAGAGCGGCGGACGGCGCGUCACGAGAUGACGUCAUCGAGGAGGAAAAUUCGCAGACGAAGAUCGAGCAGUUGGAAGAGACGAAGAUAUUUCAGAAGUUCAAGGUGGAAAUUCCUGGCGAGGAGCGACUGAGUGACGACCCGUUGGCGUCGGGGUCCGGUACAGUGAAGGGUCAGCACGCAGCGACGUGCGUACCUCAGGAAGUUUUCAUCGCAGUGCUGGUGACCGUCGUAGCGAUUCUGCUGGUAUCCAUCACCAUCUCCACCGUGCUCUACGUGAGGAUGCAGCGGCUGGCUCGCCUCAACGAGAAGCUGAUGCAGAAAACCAGCAUCACGCGCGCUGAGAUCGUCAGACGCUCGAGAAUCGAAGCUAACCGCACGCGCGCGCCACCUGGCGGUCAGAGCGCCUGCGUAAACGAGAUGAAGGUGAUGCGUUCGAGCCGAGCGCCAUCUGACGGCGAAAACCUCGUCGGUUGUGCGGAGUGCAAGCAGUGCGUUAGCAGCGAUUUGCGCUGCAGCUGCGAGAACCAAGGAUACGUAAAUGUAGAUCGUCAUUAAAUAGAAUAUAGAGUACGCUACCAUGCCGCUCUUCAUGUAACACGAUGAGGCCGCACAACUACGCAAACGUGGGGCACGAUAGAAACGCGAAUGCGAUGGAUGUACGAGCAAAAAAUUUAUCAAACUAGAUAAUUAUGUUUACCUCAUUGGCACUCACUCGCUUUGCACGUCCGAACUGAUUUUCAAACACAUGCAAAGGCGACCUGGCGUAGGAGUAGAUCUAGAAAAUCUAGCUCAGAACGAGUAUGUAAAAAGAAGAAUAUAGCGUUUUCGUGUAGGAUGUAAUGACUAAGGCAUCUAUGCAUGCUACGUAGUGGCAUUUGUUUUUGAGGUAUUUCUAAUUCAUUGUGCACACGGGCAUGUACAUAUAACACCCACGGUAUGGUACAACCUAAUUAACUUAUAAACUGGCAUCGAUAAUAUAGAAUAAUAUUAUUUGUCUAGAAGUAAAGGUUGAUGAUAGAUUUUUUUCGUAUGUAUUUUUUAUAUAGCGAUAACGGUUUUUCUAUUUAAACUGCGGUGAUGACAAUGAUAGCUUUGUUAAUCAACUCGUGCUGAGAAAUGCAUGAUCAUGGUGAAUGACGCAAUCGUUUUGUGUAUAUAUUUAAACCGAUUUAUGACGAUGUGUAAAUUUGCUGAAAAU